AUACACGUGUUCGCCGCUGCCGUGGAGUCGCGUGUCUUUGACGUCACGAGUGAGAACAGCUGAUCGCCGCGCGUCACAGAGGCGCCACGAGUUGACAACAGUCGGCAGCACGAGUUUCACCUUGUUGUGAUCCCGGACGGACACGGACACGGCGGAGGCUUCAGCCGAGACGAGCCGAGAUGCCGAAGUAUUGCUCGGUCCCGAAGUGUAACAACGAGUCCGGCAGCGACAGGAAAAGCUUCUACAAGUUCCCUCUACAGGACCCGGUGCGACUGCAGCAGUGGCUGAGCAACGUGGGGCGUAAGAACUGGACGCCCUCUCGACAUCAGUACAUCUGCCACGAGCAUUUUGCCCCCUCGUGCUUCAAGGUGCGAUGGGGCAUCCGUUACCUCGAGAGCGACGCUGUGCCCACAGUCUUCCAGGAGUCCGAGAAACGGAAAGCCACGGAUCAAAGUGAGAAGAAGCCAAAGCGGCUUCGCGCUCACAGCAAUCAAAACACAACGGUGUCAGACGACAGGACGGCUGCUGUCGACGACGUCGAGAUGGAAAGCACAUUGCACACAAUGCACCUCUACGAGAUCACUGUCGACCCAUCGCAGGCGGGGGAAACCGGCCUGCAGGAGGCGAGUGACGUCGGACAGUCUGACUGCUCUCUCCACGCAGACCUGAACAUGCUGGCGUCAGUGGAUGGAUUCACAACGGGGCCACAUCUCCCUUUAACCUUAUUCCAGAGAGGAGAUGAUCUAAGUGACAGUGGAGACAACACAGAGGUGGUGGUGAUGUCCGAGUGCCCUGCUGGUGAAGGGCAGGAUGAGCUUGUGAACGGCAUCGCUGCGGCCAUCUUAACUCAGGGCCACAGGCUGGUCAUGAAUGAGUCCAUACUCGGCUGUACAGACGUGGACGCGACUCGUUCCACAGAUGAGUCCUUGGACGUCCAAGAAGGCCACGAAACCCAAGUCAUCGCAUACUUUGAGACGAUACCAAGCGUCCUCCCCAGUGAAACCUCUGCCCGGUUCGUCUUCUGCCCGAACACAGUGCUGUCAUCCGCGCUGAGCUCCAAGCCCAUCACGUCCACACUGCCUAUAGUGUCCAAACACAUGCCACCGCCCCCCACGUCCCUGGUCCUCACAGUGGAAAGACUGGACACGGAUGGGGGGGAGGAUGACGAUGGCAAUUCUGAGGAGGAUGGCACAGAGCGGCAGGAUCACCAGCUGGAGGAGCACUGCUACCAUAAGAGCAGUCUGAGUAAGGAGCAGCUGGAGGCGAUCGUGUCUGAGCUGCAGAAGAAGGUGAAGGUGCUGCAGCAGCGACACCGCCGACACCUGGAGAAACUCCUGGGCCUGGAGAACACGGUCAGCCAGCUGAGGCAGAGCAACCUGCUGAACGAGGAGCGGCUGCAGCUGCUCGAGAGGGCCUACGUACAGACCAGCGCGGCGGCGACCGAUGCGGGUGAGACCGUGACCAUCAUCUAUGAAGACGACACCGCUGCGUACUUGUAUACUCAACAUCACCACGGAGAGGAGAAGCUGUGAGGCCCCCCCCCCAAGGACUGUGGACGUCCCAGCCUGUGCCCCGUUGGCUGCCUACUGUGCCAAAAAUGACGUGACAUGGUGAAUGCUGUUGAAAACAAAAUGCUACCUACUUAUGAUAUGUUCUGAUUAGUUCCCAGAUCUGUGUAUGAAAUGUGGCACUGUGGUGUUGGGUCUGCUGUGAGCUUUGCACAAUUAUGGAUGAGUAAUAUGGGACAAUGUUGAAUGUGUUUUUUACAUCCACCCCGCCCUCCUUUCAGCCCUUCCCUUUUGUUUGACCUUCUGAAGUAAUUUGUUUCUGAUACUGUACAUUUAGGUUUUUGCUUCAUUUCUGUAGUUGCUAUAAAUCUAUUUAAAUUAAUCAUCGUUUUCAAUAGCAGGAUGGAAUAAAGGAAAUGAAUCAA